AUGGUGACUGCGACCACGGUGACGGGUGGGAAAGACAAGAUAAAUCGAAACGUCCCGCCCAACUGCUCAGAGCUUCCAGGACCUCGCUCCUACCCACCCUGCUCCCGCCCUGAGCCCCAGGGCCGCCCCUGGACAGUCACGUUGAGUCUGGAGGCAGGUGUGGGGGAACGGCCAGCUGCUCGCCAGCAUCCCGGCUUCCAUGAUGCCCAUCAGGAAAGGACUGCUGGGGCCUCUCAGGCAGGGAUGGGGAGGAGUGUGGGGGUUAGGAGGAGAGCAACGCUUUGGCUACCUCUGAGCAACUCCUGGGCAGAAGAGGGAGAGGGAAGAAGUAAUUGCCCGUUUCUCUCUCUCUCCUUCCGUAGCAUUAUCAGCAUCAUCUUUAUUCUGGCUGGAGCAAUCGCACUCAUCAUUGGCUUUGGCAUUUCAGGGAGACACCCCAUCACAGUCACAGCUCUCACCUCGGCUGGGAACCUUGGGGAGGAUGGAAUCCUGAGCUGUACUUUCGAACCUGACAUCAGACUUUCCGAUAUCGUGAUCCAAUGGCUGAAGGAAGGUGUGGUGGGCUUGGUCCACGAGUUCAAAGAGGGCAGAGAUGACCUGUCAGACCAGGAGGAGACGUUCAGAGGCCGAACAGCAGUGUUUGCCGACCAAGUGAUAGUUGGCAACGCCUCCCUGAGGCUGAAAAAUGUGCAACUCACGGACGCCGGCAUCUACAAAUGUUACAUCAUCACGUCCAAGGGCAAGGGGAGUGCUAACCUUGAGUAUAAAACUGGAGCCUUCAGCAUGCCAGAAGUGAAUGUGGACCAUAAUGCCAGCUCAGAGACCUUGCGGUGUGAGGCUCCCCGAUGGUUCCCCCAGCCCACAGUGGUCUGGGCAUCUCAGGUUGAUGGGGGAGCCAACUUCUCAGAAGUCUCCAACACCAGCUUUGAGCUGAACUCUGAGAAUGUGACCAUGAAGGUUGUAUCUGUGCUCUACAACGUCACGAUCAACAACACCUAUUCGUGUAUGAUUGAAAAUGACAUUGCCAAAGCCACAGGGGAUAUCAAGGUGACAGACUCUGAGAUCAAAAGGCGGAGUCACCUACAGCUGCUGAACUCAAAGGCUUCUCCAUGUGUCUCUUCUUUCUCUGCCAUCAUUUGGGUACUUCUGCCUCUCUCCUCUUACCUGGUGCUAAAAUAAUGUGCCUUGGCUGCACAAAGACAUGCAAAGUCACUG